CUAUUCGAAUAAUACAAGUCAGUGUUCCAUCGCACAUUACUACUGACAUACGAUUCUAGUGCAAUUUUCCUAGAAUUUAAAAAUAAUAAUUAUGAAGGCCUAUCUUGUUGUUUGCCUUAGCGUUGUCGCUUUGUUUUCUGCUGCCAAUGCGGUACCAUGCGGCGCUGGUCCUUUGGGAUUGACGUACUGCGGGAAAAAAUGGGAAGAUUACUUUGAUGGCAGGGAGGUUUACGGUGGAGACGAUAGAAGAUGUACAAACUGUGGCGGCAGCAGCGGAGCAAGUGCUUAUGGUGGUAGUAGCUACGCUGAAGGCGGAUACGCGAGUUCCCAAAAUGGAGGGCAAGGUACCAGUUAUAGCGCACAAGGUGCAGCCAGCUAUGCCAGCAAUGGCCAGAGUGGCUAUGAAGGAAAUACUGGUGUUAGCUUUAAUACUGGUGGUCAAGGAACCAACUAUUACGAACAAACCCAAGGCGGUAGUACCAGCUAUGAUGCUCAAGGACAAGGUAGUAGUUACGGACAAGGCAACACUGGUAUUAGCUUUACUACUGGUGGUCAAGGCACCAACUAUUACGAACAAACCCAAGGCGGUAGCACUGGUUAUACUGCUCAAGGACAAGACAAUACUGGUGGUGGACAAGGUACCAACUAUAAUGAACAAAGUUAUGGUAAUUCAGAAGGACAAGUUAGCAGUUACGGUGAAGGUAAUACUGGAAUUAGCUUUACUGUUGGUCAAGCUACUGGUAGUGGUGGUUACGUGGAUCAAAGACAAGAGGCCAGUUAUGGUCAGGCCAGCGCUGAUGGAGGCUUUACUUCCGGUGGCCAAGGAAACAGUUAUGCUGGUAAUGGUGGACAAAGUAGUAGCUAUACAGUUGAAGGACAAGGUGCAGGUUAUGCUACUAGUAGUCAGGGUACCUAUGGAGCAAACAGACAAUGCAUUACCUGUGGAGGAUCAUCGGUUAAUAAUAUUGGCAAUGGAAGAAACAACAAUAAUAGAGUUUAUGCGUAAAAUAAUUUAUUUAUUAGCGUUUUAAAAAUAUAAAUUAAUUUAAAUUAUAAUUUCAGUAAAAUCAAAUUGUGUAUCAGUGCAGAUCUUUGUAUUAUCUAGGUAACCAUUAAUUAUUAUUUAUUUCAAAUAAAAUAAAGUAUUACUUUUACUAUGUUACGAAAA